GAUACUGACCCCGCCCUACGGGUCUCCCUGUGCCACUGCAGUGAAGCCGACGGUAAAAAGACAGGAGUUGAGUCAAAAAACAAGAACCUGAAUAUCACUAGCACCGUGUUUUUGUAAUAGCGAGACCCUCUUUUUAUAUCGUUUUUUUUCUCCCCGAGUCCUCAUUUCCUGGUCAACCUAUUUCAUCAUCCAACCGGCAAGAUGGGAAAUGAAGCAAGUUACCCCCUGGAAAUGUGCUCGCAUUUCGAUGCUGAUGAGAUUAAGCGUCUGGGAAAGAGGUUUAAGAAACUGGACCUAGAUAACUCUGGAUCCCUUAGCGUGGAGGAGUUCAUGUCCCUGCCUGAACUCCAGCAGAACCCACUGGUCCAGAGGGUCAUCGACAUCUUCGACACCGAUGGAAACGGAGAGGUGGACUUCAAGGAAUUCAUCGAGGGAGUCUCACAGUUCAGUGUCAAGGGGGACAAGGAGUCAAAGCUUCGGUUUGCCUUCCGGAUCUACGACAUGGACAAGGAUGGCUACAUCUCCAACGGAGAGCUCUUCCAGGUGCUGAAGAUGAUGGUAGGAAACAACCUGAAGGACACCCAGCUGCAGCAGAUCGUGGACAAGACCAUCAUCAACGCAGACAAGGACGGAGACGGCAGGAUAUCCUUCGAAGAGUUCUGCUUAGUGGUGGGUGGCCUUGACAUACACAAAAAGAUGGUGGUGGACGUGUGAGUCCGUCCCUCCGCACCUCUCCCCCCCUCGCUUUCUUCUCCGUCUGUCUCUGAAGAUCUGCUCAAGACAUCUGACAAACGCUCUCUGUGUAUUUCAAUGGAAGUAUUCUCUCUCUCCUUGAAGCCACUUUUUUUCUGAAGAAACCACGAGCCUCGUGAAGCCAACUGUGUUAUUGAACUCCUCUCAAAAACACGAAGAAAGACAGAUAUUGUUGUUUGUAAAGAACAUCCCAGUUCAAUGGAGGAGGGAGGGGGAGAAAUGUUUACUUGUUUAUAUUUAGUUCAUUUUUUUCUUAGUUUUUUUUUAAAUAUAUUUAUUUUCGUUCUGGUCUCUUUUUAAAAAAAUACACAAAUACUCAUGUAUAUCUAUAACUGCUCUCUCGUGGUUAAAUGUGACAUUAUCUGAGGUGUUACAUUAAAUAAAAAAUAAUUGAUUUCAGUUACAAUUGAAAAAAGUAGGGUGUGAAGUGCCAACCAGGACAUACCCAGAAACCAGCUGAUAUUGUUUUUACUAUGAACUAUCCACGUCGCUGUCAGUGAUGGAUGACUAGUGUGUGAAACGUCAAGCGUUCCUACGUCAUCACAUGAUGACUAGAUGCACAUUUUAUUUUCACAAAGAAACAGCGAUUUCUUUUGUUCCAUUUACAUACUUUUGAGCAAGUUGUGAUUAGAUCAGUUAAACUUCCAAUCACAUGAAACAUACAAUAUAAUGUUAUUGUAACAUGAGUGUUUUAUUUAUAGUUACUUAUAUUGUCGGAAAUUAUUAUUCUGUUUCUUGUCAGACUUUCUGGAAGAAGAAAAAAACGAAAUGUCAAGUAGAGAUACAUGCCAAGAAAGUGUUUUUGUCAUUUAUUGACUUUGAUGACAUGUUUUUACGUUGAACAGUCUGUAUCGGUCUACAUAAGUCACCCAAUCCAAAGUAACAGGUAGUCAGUCUGGCAGUUAGAGGUUCGCCAGCAUACAGAGGGUUGCCGGUUUGAAAUCCGAGGUCUGAUGGGAAAAAUCGUUUGGGAAGUGAACAAGCAACGAGAUGGUUGUUGGUAUCAAAUCCUAGAUGCCAUUGCCUGCCGUUGUGAGCUUGAGCAAGGCACUUAACCCCGUACAGCAACUGUUCCACGGGCUCGGUGGUAAGGCUGCUCCAACCUGUGUGUGUGUGUGUGUGUGUGUGUGUGUGUGUGUGUGUGUGUGUGUGUGUGUGUGUGUGUGUGUGUGUGUGUGUGUGUGUGUGUGUGUGUGUGUGUGUGUGUGUGUGUGUGUGUGUGUGUGUGUGUGUGUGUGUGUGUGUGUGUGUGUGUGUGUGUGUGUGUGUGUGUGUGUGUGUGUGUGUGUGUGUGUGUGUCUUUCGGAGGGUUUUGGAAUAGUCACGUUUCAGUUGCACCUUGAAUAAAGUGGCCUAGAGCGUAUCACUCAAGUUGAAGAAUCUCUCUUCAAGUCAUGGAGCGCAUCUAUGAAAAUCUAUUGUGUUACAUUUUGAACUGAAGUUUGGAGGAAUAUCCUGAGCCUAAUGACAUCGAGAUGGAAAACAAUUCUCGACCUAGAUUGUAAAUGUCAGUGUGUUAUUGAGACAACAUGUAAGGGAUAAGAGGCUAUACGUUCUAUGGAAAACAAUGCACGACGCGCAAGCGGAGCGAAACUAACCUUCCACUGAGUUGCACUAUUUUCCAGAGAGCCUGAGUUGAUUAUUCCUUUUAUACCACAGCUAUAAAUUAAACACGUUUGCCGCUAGAAAUGUGUUCAUUUGCAAAGUAGCUAGAAAGUUGCCACGGGAACCAAACAAACAGACUUGCUAGUUUAGUUAUUAUGAAAACCAUCGGUCCAAGCUUGCUAUAAUGAAAAUCUAAUUCAACAAUGCCGUUUUUCAAAUAGACUUUUGUUUUUAAAAGCAGCUUAAACAUAGAACAUGUAAGAAUGAACUAUAGCCAUUGAAUUCUACCGUGCUGAUAUACUGCGUGUUAUAGGGAAAUAAUACACGCUCUAGAAUGCCCUUCAAGCCAAUCAGAAACGAGUAUCCAACAAUGCCAUGGUAUAAAUAAUGUUAAGGCAUCGUAUUGAGACUCAACUGUAGGCCGCAUUGUUAGUUUUGUAACCAAUAGACACUGAGUGUACAAAACAUUAAGAACACCAUCCUAAUAUUGAGUUGCACCCACCCCCCACUCUUUGCCCAAAAAACAGCCUAAAAAUGACAGCCUACCCCAGAACAAACCCUCCCCUAACCAGGACGACCAAUUGUGCCAAUUGUGUGCCGCCCUAUGGGCCUCCCGAUCACGGACGGUUAUGAUACAGCCCGAGAUCGAACCCGGGUCUGUAGUGAUGCCUCUAGCACUGAGAUGCAGUGCAUUAGACCGCUGCGCCACUCGGAAGUAGAUUUAAUAAUUGACUUCAUACCCUUCACCUGGAUUCACCUGGUCAGCCUACGUCAACGGAUAGAGUAGGUAGGUGUUCCUAAUGUUUUGUCCACUCAGUGUAUACACUGCGUAUACUAGAUUAGGUUGCUUAGUUAGAUGUCAAAGCCCUCCUGAAUAGUGCUGUUAAACUACAGGGUUCUUUCCAAUGUAACAACGGAGUUACUCGACAUGGGAUGGUGUAUAUUUUAAUGUUUCCACUUGUUUUCCUAUCACGAACGCCUCAUCGUUCUUCUCCCUCUGCGGUAUUAAAAGCAGGGAGAUUAACACAAGCAUUUACCAAACUACCGUAUUUAAAGGGGAGGUGGGCAUCCCUGGCAAAAUGUAAUACAAAAUGGUGUGUCGGGUUGGCUUUGAGUGACCUGAUAGGUGGGUUUGGACACCAGUGAUUUGUUGUCCGGUUGGCUUUGAGUGACCUGAUAGGUGGGUUUGGACACCAGUGAUUUGUUGUCCGGUUGGCUUUGAGUGACCUGAUAGGUGGGUUUGGACACCAGUGAUUUGUUGUCCGGUUGGCUUUGAGUGACCUGAUAGGUGGGUUUGGACACCAGUGAUUUGUUGUCCGGUUGGCUUUGAGUGACCUGAUAGGUGGGUUUGGACACCAGUGAUUUGUUGUCGGGUUGGCUUUGAGUGACCUGAUAGGUGGGUUUGGACACCAGUGAUUUGUUGUCCGGUUGGCUUUGAGUGACCUGAUAGGUGGGUUUGGACACCAGUGAUUUGUUGUCCGGUUGGCUUUGAGUGACCUGAUAGGUGGGUUUGGACACCAGUGAUUUGUUGUCCGGUUGGCUUUGAGUGACCUGAUAGGUGGGUUUGGACACCAGUGAUUUGUUGUCGGGUUGGCUUUAAGUGACCUCAUUUCCUGGUUUGGACACAAGUGAUUUGUUGUCCGGUUGGCUUUGAGUGACCUCAUUUCCUGGUUUGGACACCAGUGAUUUUAGUGAGAAACAUUGAGUUGGAGUGUCAUCGGAUGUGUAUCAAACGGCACCCUAUUCCCUAUGUAGUGCACUACUUUUGACCAGGGUUGGCACCCUAUUCCCUAUAUAGUGCACUACUUUUGACCAGGGCCUCAUAGGACUCAAAACGCCUCUCAUUUGCUUGCAGGAUUUUGGUUCCGCAUGUAGAUGAACCAUUGAAAUAAUCCUCUUGCUAAUUAACACAUGAAUGGUGAUGUUAGUAAUUGUGAUAUUUAAUCAUCUACUGGUGGCUACAAUAUGGAUAUGUUCGCAUUGUGAGCAGUAAAUCCAAACAAACUGAAGUGUUUAGUAUUUUCCUCCCGGAUCAACGAGAUGAUUCUUUAUUUUUCCCCCAGUAAAAGGUCUGUUUCCUGCGUCAACUGCUACACACUGUACUCUGCUUUCACGGGGAGAUAUGUAUUUAUGCAGUUCCAUCUUUCUGUUCUGUUGUCCUUAUAGUUCCAGACUGCUCCUUAGUUUUGUAACUGCUACUUUUUCUAUUUUUUUUUGAAGGAGACUGUUUUUUUGGUGUUUUUUUUUUAGUAUGUGGAAAAUGAAAAUGGUUUAAGUUUGAGAUGUAUUUUUCCCCUUUUCUCUGCAUUCUGCAUCUGAUGCUGUGAGACUGUUGGAAACGUGAUACUGAAUGACAAUAACAAAUAAAUACACUUUGAAACAUUGUAA